CUUCAUCUGUCUCGGCUCAUCCUUCGGACUCUACCCACCCUUGCUUUAUUCUCGCUCUAAGUGUACCUGCAUCUCUUCUCUGAUAAUGUCCACGAUUAGCAGCUGGCUGUGGGGCACAUCCCAGCUUGACGAUGCCGUCGACAGAGCGACCUCGGAGCUCCUGCCCGCAGGUUCGGAAGACAUCGCUCUCAACCUCGAAAUAUGCGACCAAAUACGCUCAAAAAGCGCUCAACCCAAAGACGCUAUGCGCGCACUCAAACGUCGGCUGAACCACAAGAAUCCCAACGUACAACUGUUGGCGCUGAGUCUAACCGACGUAUGCCUCAAGAAUGGUGGCGAUCACUUCCUUAGUGAAAUUGCUUCGAGGGAGUUCAUGGACAACCUGGUGUCUAUCCUGCACAGCCAUGCCUUAAAUCGUGACGUUAGGGAUAAGACCUUGCGUUAUAUUCAAUCUUGGGCUCUUGCAUUCGAGGGCAAACCUAGCCUCAGCUAUGCUGGCCAAGUCUACAAGACCCUCCAAGGUGAAGGAUUUAGCUUUCCUCCCGAAAGUUUGGCUUCUGCCAGCUCGGCCAUGGUGGAUACUCAAACUGCACCAGAGUGGAUCGACUCGGAUGUCUGUCUCCGAUGUCGGACGUCCUUCAGCUUUACGAAUCGCAAGCAUCACUGUCGGAACUGUGGCCAAGUCUUCGAUCAGCAAUGUUCAUCAAAGUCACUCCCUUUACCGCACUUUGGCAUCACGCAGGAAGUCCGAGUAUGUGAUGGGUGUUAUACCAAGCUAACGAGGCACAAGGACCAGGGCAAGCGUCACCGUUCGUCCCAUAGUGUGGGGAGUGUCCGACAUCGUUCGACACGCGAUCUUGCGGAUGCAGAGCUUCAGCGCGCCAUUCAACUCUCGCUUGAGGAAGUGAACGGUCACGGUCAGCAUGGUCGCCCUGGCUAUGUUCCUUAUCGGCCAGAUGCGUCUUCGUGGCAGGUUUCUGAGCCUCCCCUCGUGGAUCGAAAUACGCGACCGUUAGGGCAGGACGAUGAAGAAGACCCUGACCUCAAAGCCGCGAUCGAGGCUAGUCUCCGGGAAGCUAGUGGACCGAAACCAAGUGCCCCCGUCGUUGUUGAAUCUUCACGCGGCGAUACGACGCCUUUCGCAUACUCCGGUGCUGGCUAUUCACAAUCAUACCCUCCUACGACUGCCUUGGUACCAGCGCUACCUAAUUAUGACCUUGAGCCUUUGGAGGCCGACACGAUCUUGACUUUCAGUCAAACAGUAGAGCAAGUACAGCAGCAAGGCGGACGAGAUAUGUCUCGCUAUCCCGCGGUGACUCAGCUGUUUGAUAAGGCUAACAGUUUGCGGCCGAAGUUGGCCAUGAGUUUAGAUGAUACUGGGAGGAAAGAAGGAAUGCUUGCGGAGAUGAAUGACAAGCUUUCGCAAGCUGUUAAGCUGUAUGAUAAAAUACUAACUGAGCAAUUGUCUCGUCCCUACCGAGCAGCGCCAGUGGCACCACCUCCACACCAAUCUUCUUUCGCUUCUAUUGAACCAUCAUAUAGUCAAUGGAGCCCUGCGCCCCAACAGACACCGCUUCCUCCGCGCACUAAUUACGCUCCUCAGAUGCAACAAGCCGCGUCUGUUUAUCACCCUUCGGUUUCGCAAGUUUACUGGCCAUCAGCUAGCACUCCUUCAGCCGAGCAAUCCUUCACUCACCAUCAACAAAGAUCCCCCCAAGCAUGGUCACAAUAUACCGAACCGCAGGGUAUUUCACAACCGCCAGUCCUUCAACUCCCCACAAGUCCUGCUUCUGCUCACCCACAACCGGUCGCUCUGCAUAAUGCAUAUGACGCAGAUGUGCAACAGUCUUACCAGACGAGAGCCACUCACCCUUCCCAACGGGAACCGUCCCAGUUACCUCAAUCUUCGCCUCCCGUCCGCCACAACACCACCCAGGUGUACGCUGCUCCAUCUCAUCCUCCUGCCCAAUUCACCCUCUCGCGAGCCAACACAGUUUUGCAACCCAUUCAACAGCAGUAUGCCCCCGUCGACCCCACUCCUCUACCUCAUUUCCCCGCCGUGCCAACGGCACCUCCUCAGGAAGUGUAUUCACCGUAUAGCUCGAGCGUUUCUUCUGGUGUAGAGCAGACUGAAAGAAAAGAGGCUCUCUUGAUUGAGUUUUAGAUGGACUGUGUGUAUACUUCGUGGACUUUGUAUAAAGAUGACUGGCUAGUGCACCGGUGGCUCUAUUUAUGUGCGACGUCUAAACAUUUAUGCAGAAUAUGGUUCAGUUUUCAGACUAAUAUUGAAAUUAGCUGUUCAGCGCUUGGCACGGAAGACCAGCCCAACUUUGAUCAAGCGAUGCACAGGAAUAUUCUCU